AACAAAGAAUUUUCUGUCGAGCACAAUAAAAAUGAAAUUGGUUAUCUCACAACAGUAACAGAUCUCCUGAGAUUAUGUGCAGGUCAAGAAUGUGAUUCUAAUGCAGAAUAUUGUUGACAGAUCAACCGUCAUAUGUGCAGAUCAAAGCAAAGAACUUGCUGGUACAUUAGCUAGUUGUGUGACCUCAUUGUGCACAGCCAGAUGUCCUUUAGCUACGUGGAUGUACUAUCAACACACUCGGAAACAUAUAUCCUUUCUGUUUCUGGAUUUGGAUCAUAAAACUUAGCAGAAAACCAUGAAGGGUAAGACAUUGGCAGGUACAAAGUGCCACAGGUCUGUUUCAGCUAAUGAACAAAGGACUGCAACAAGGGUUUCCACAGGUGCAGGACAACGUAGACGACGUCAACGUAUGCCAGAACACAGACAAAUGUGUACUCCAUCAGCAAGUAGAUGUGACACACAAGGGACUUUGGAAGACCAAAUUCGUGCUUUAGGCAGUGAGGACCUGCGAAACAUAUGUGUAAGAAUUGCUGAGCGAAAUCCAGACAUUCUUCUUGAAGUCCUUGACAGUGGAUUCCUACAUGGUCCAGAAGUUUCAAAUCAACAUAGUCCGGUUGCUCCUGACUGGUGUGUAUGCAACCGCUGUAAACACAUGCCGACUGUCAUCAAAAGUGUGUGCUGCAGAAUGACUCCAGAGAACUGCACCUCCUCGUCACAAGAAAUGCAUCUGUGUGUCCUCCAGCGUUGUGUCCUACAGACAGCUGAAGCAUACCGGCGGUCAUUAUUUGGACUACCGAUGGAAGCAGAUGAAAAUAAAAGGUACAGACAUACAGCUUACCGUCAAUACAUUGUGUGGCGUCAUGGACGUUUGGGGACUGGAAACAGGAGAGUCAUUCCCAGCUGUUGUGUUUGGAGAAUUCGUGACAGAUAUCCGGAUGCCAAUGGUGUUUACACAGGUUUCCGGCCCACCAGAUUUUAGAUAUAAAUACUGUCACAAUACCAUAGUCAUUCAGUUGUUCUGUUGUUCACAUUCUAUGCAUUUCAUAGUUUUCCUGUGUGUAUGACUAUGAAUGUACUGUCUUCUGUUGCACAAUUGACCCGUACAACGUCAUCCAUUGCACAUGUAAGAGU